CAUUCGGGAAUCGAAAUUUCCUAUAUAAGCUUCGGAAUUUGUGCGUGCGAUGCUUUAGUAUCGCAGUGUCGGCUCACAUUCCUCAUAGUCAUUUCCAUAGGUAAGCUUGACAAGUGAAGUCAGGGAAACGAACAUUGUGCGCAAAAUGUAUGAGUUUUAUAAAAUAAAACUAUUCUUGCUUUGCAUCUGUACGAUAAUUGGGAAUUUUGAGCAAGUUGUUGGAAUACCUAAAACUGCGGUAGAACAAAAAGUUGUGCCACUCUCGCAUAUAGCCACGGUCACCGAUGGGAAAUUGGAAAGAAACAAACGCGGUUUAUUGGACUCUCUUUUGUCUGAACUCUUUGAGUAUUUCGAUUAUAGCGACGAAGACGACACUGAGGAGGAUGAAAAAUACUUAAUUUGCCGUAAUUGCACAAUCGUUAUUAGUCAAUCAGGUAAUCAGGAAAAUGCAGUAAUAAGGCCAACUUCUGCGCCUGUACCGACGGAGCCCGUAAAUAAAGUAAAUGGAGGAGCUCCACCCGAAUCUGGCACUACCGUAGCUCCAGUAACACCAGCGGGAACCAGUGAAACUCCCAGUGAUUCUCCAACAACUGAAGCUCCCCAGCCAGCUCCAUAAGAGCCGUAAAAAGUAGCGGCAGUUGACAAUACAACUUUCAUACAAAAAUGCAAAUACUAAUAUUAUAAUUUUGUAAAGUUUUUUAUAUGAUUUACUAAUAAUACCCAGUAAAUUAAUACUAAAUGAUUAUGGAGUAAAAAUACGUUUAUGCCGGCAUUCAAAUACCAAGACACUACUAAUGACUUGUUAAAGAAUCUCAAAAACCAACGCGACUAGUGGCUGCUAUUUAGCAAUAAAUAUUUGUAAAUAUUUUUAAGUGAAAAAAAAAUCUACAUAACGGGUAAAAGGAUAAAGUUGUAUAAACACCUUUGAACUUAAGAGUUAUAACUAUUUAUUAUUAUUGCCACACAAUUUUGUAUUAAGACUCUAAUUUUGUUAUAUUUAAAAAAAAAUUAUCAUACCCUUCUAAGG